UAAACUAUAUUUCACUACUCGGGCUUUAUAGGUGGUGGUCGACAUGGACUCGGCCGACCGGAUCGCGUGGUUUGUCUUUGUAUCCUCCGCCGGCAGUUGACGCCGGUGAGCGCGGAAGCGUCCAAGUCCAACCCAGUCUGAGCAGCGCUGCCGCCACCUCACCUGCUCAACUUCUCCCAGCUCCGCCAUUAAACGCACACAUACGUGAUUGGAGAGGAGAUCGAUCCCCUCCUCAUUCCCUAUCUGCAUCAGCCGCUGUUCCACAAGCUUCAGCCAUGUCCCACGACGAUCCCCCGCCGGCUCCCGCCAAGACGAAAUCGCCCGCCGAGGAGGCGGUCGAGAAGAGGAGGGGGAAGCUUACUCCUGGGAGUUUGAUGAAGGCGGUUAUCCGGUCAGGCAGGGGAGACGCGACUCCUGCAGAUGGAGAUCAGGUUAUACUUCAUUGCACUAUUCGAACCAUGGAAGGCAUUGUUGUGAAUUCUACAAGAAGGGAACAUGGAGGAAAAGGAAUCCCACUCAGAUUUGUGUCGGGGAAGAGCAAAAUGAUCCUUGGCUUUGCUGAAGGUUUUCCAACAAUGCUGGAGGGUGAAAUUGCUAUGUUUAAAAUGGAGCCGAAAAUACACUAUGCAGAGGAUGAUUGCCCAGUUACACCUCCAGAUGGCUUCCCAAAAGAUGAUGAACUUCAGUUUGAGGUUGAAAUGUUGAAUUUCUUUAAAGCCAAGGUCGUGACUGAGGAUUUAGGGGUUGUAAAGAAGAUAGUUGAUGAAGGCAACGGGUGGGAAACACCUAGAGAACCAUAUGAAGUGACAGCACGGAUAACUGCAAGAACAGCAGAUGGAAAAGAAAUUCUUCCCAGUAAAGACGUGCCCUAUUUCUUCACUAUGGGUAAAUCUGAGGCACCUAUAGGCCUUGAGAUGGGAAUUGGAACAAUGGCACGCAAGGAAAAAGCAACUAUUUAUGUUAGCAGUACCUAUUUGACAGAGUCCUCACUAAUGCCACAACUUGAAGGCCUUGAAGAAGUUCAUUUUGAGGUAGAACUUGUUCAGUUUACUCAGGUGAGGGAUAUGCUUGGUGAUGGACGCCUCAUAAAGCGCCGUGUAGUUGAUGGAAGUGGUGAAUUUCCUAUGGACUGCCCCCUUCAUGAUAGCUUGUUAAAAGUUCAUUACAAGGGGAUGCUCCUUGAUGAACCAAAGUCAGUAUUUUAUGAUACACAAAUUGAUAAUGUUGGCGAACCGUUGGAGUUCUGUUCUGGAGAAGGACUGGUUCCUGAAGGAUUUGAAAUGUGUGUUCGACUAAUGCUUCCUGGUGAAAAAUCUAUUGUCACCUGCCCUCCAGAUUUUGCGUAUGAUAAAUUCCCAAGGCCAGCGAAUGUUCCUGAAGGAGCUCAUGUUCUGUGGGAAAUUGAAUUACUUGGAUUUGAAGUUCCCAAGGAUUGGACUGGCUUGACCUUCAAAGAAAUCAUGGAAGAGGCAGAUAAAAUUAAGAACACGGGUAACAGACUAUUUAAAGAAGGAAAGCUUGAACUUGCAAAAGCAAAAUACGAGAAGUUGCUUAGGGAGUAUAACCACGUGCAUCCUCAAGACGAUGAAGAGGGGAAAAUCUUUGCCAAUUCAAGAAGUUCUCUACAUCUAAAUGUAGCUGCUUGCUACCGGAAGAUGGGUGAGUACAGGAAGUCUAUUGAAGCAUGCAAUAAGGUACUUGAUGCAAAUCCUGUGCAUGUCAAAGCUCUUUACCGCCGAGGAAUGUCAUACAUGCUAGGUGGGGACUUUGAUGAUGCAAAGAACGAUUUUGAGAAGAUGGUAACCAUCGACAAGUCCUCAGAGCCUGAUGCUACAGCGGCCCUUGUUAAACUUAAGCAGAAGGAACAGGAAAUUGAAAAGAAGGCAAGGAAGCAGUUCAAAGGACUAUUUGACAAGAAGCCAGGAGAGAUAUCUGAAGUUGGUGUGGAAUCCAAGAAUGGUGGCGACACGGCAGGGUCUGGUGAGGCAGUGACAAGUAGGGAUAGAGAUGGAAGCGGGAAGUCUAGUCCUCUGAGUUCGGAAUCAGAUCAUGUCUUUGAUGAAGAGAGGCCAGGACUUAUUGACCGCAUCUGGCCUUCUGCGAGGCGGAUUUUCUCCUCCCUUGGUCUGAACAGGUGCACAAUACUCUGAGCAGGCAUCAGUGACGAGAGAUGUAGUUGUAAACAAGGAUUUUUUCCCCACAAAUACAGCUCUCAAUUAUACAGAACUAAUCUUGAAUAAUUAUGAAAAUCGUACCAACAUAUAUGGACUGGUGUGAUAAUAAAAAAUCGUGAGGAAGCACCGGCUGUUGUAACAGUGAAAAUUGAUUUCCGUUUGUGCCUGCUAAAGCAUUGUUGAACCGAA